AUGCCAUUCAGAAAACAUUCUAUCACUCUUUGUGAACGUAGAACGAAGAAAAAGACACGCUCUUGGUUUGAUUGGGCUCAACUAAUUAUCGCUUUUUCUGUGCCUGUCACCAUCACUGUAUACACAAUACUUCAAACGAAGAACGAAGCUAUCAUUGCUGAACAAAAUCGUAUUCAAGAUCUAUCAAUUGCCGAAAAGAAUCGCUUGAGUGAUAUAGCUCUAUCCCAAGAUGAUCAACGCGAAGCAAUUCUCGUCGAAUAUCUCAAUUCAGUCGGUAAACUUCUUGACAAGUAUGGUAUGACACUCAAUGAUACAGCAGCUCGUCUUGUUGCUCGCUAUAAAACAUUGGCUGCUCUAGAACAACUCGAUCCGAAACGUCGAAGUCUUGUCAUUCGUUCACUAUACGAACUGGGUCUUAUAAAAUCACAUUUGCCUAAUGGUGAACCGUCAAAACAAAGUGCAACAGCUUGUUUUACAAAAGGAAAAACAAAAGAAAUUCUUGAACAGAUUCGUGUUUCUCAAACUUCUGUCAAGAUAUCUAACAUACCAAGAAAUUUAACGAUCGAACGAAUAACAAAUUUAUUUUCGGAUUAUAAUAUUAAAAAUAUUAAAGUACCAACCGAUAUAUUGAAUGAACCAUUCGGUGUUGCAUUUAUUCAAUUUGAAGAUGAAGAUGAAUAUGAAGAAUUUCUCCUUGACCUGACUGACGAAAAUAAAUUUAUAUUCGUUUCGACAAAUUAUUAUACAGGACAUCUUUGUGUCGAAAUGUAUGGUUUAUCAGAAACUGAUAUAAAUGAACAUAAAUCUUCAGCAUUUAAAGUAACAAAUGAAGAUGAUCCGAGUGAUUUGAUUGCUAUUAAAAUCGGUCAAGUUUAUAUUGACUUGAAUAAACAAUUAAAAUUUGAUUUAUCACAUGAAUUAGAAAACAUAAAAAAAAUUUGA